UCAUAUGUCUGCUUGCUUGGCUCCUUCCCCUAGACACAAAACACACCCUUUUGCGCCGGCCUAAUCAAUGGGGAGUGCUCUUGGAGGAGGUGCCUGUAGCAGUUGGCCCGCCUGUGAUUGGCCGACGUGGGCUCUUAAUUGGAUUAAGGGAACUUGCUUAGCUUGAUGCUUUGUGCCGCACAAGAGAACGCGGAGACAGUGGCAAGACAGGAAGAGAAGGAGAGAGGGAGGAGGCCUGCCCCGCUCACUACUUUAGUGAGAGGAGGGGUGAAAAAAAAAGAAAAAGGGGAGUAACCUAUCUUCUUUGCCCUUGUGUGCUGCUGCUGCAGCCUAUCUCCCUCCCUCCUCCCGCCUCCUCUCUAUCAUUCUCUCUUCUUUCCCUUACUCAUCUGUUUCUGUGGUUGCUCUGGAGAGGAAGGACACCUGCCGCUCCCUCAUGAUUCAGCCAUUCUGCUGCCUGGAGCUUCUCAGACACACAAGGCAGCAUGUCCCGCCUGCCACUGCAGUGCCGGCCCGUCCUGUCCAAUGCACUUCAACUACUGCAGCUGCAGACGUCCCAUCACCGCAACGCCAUCUCUUUCGUCCAAGUGCUCAGGGCCAGUUCCCCCUCCUGGAUUAGCCUCCCCCUCUGGCUCCACUGUUGAUACUGGACAAUUCCCAGAGGAGAAACCAGAGGAGAGCGAGGCAGCUGGAGAGAACGGGGAGGCGGUUGCAGAGGUAACUGCAGAGGGAGGAGAUGACGAUGAUGGUGGAGAGCAUCCGGGAGCUUUAGGAGUUAUGGCUUUGCCCGGCACCUGCUGUGUGUGCAUCGAGAUGGAACAGAUUAACCAUUGCUUGCACUCCGAGAAAAUCUGCAUUCUGCCCAUCCUGGCCUGCCUGCUUAGUUUAGCUCUGUGCACGGCAGGACUCAAAUGGGUCUUUGCCGAUAAGAUCUUUGAGUAUGAACCUCCCACUCAUUUAGAUCCGAAACGCAUAGGGCAAGAUCCUAUGAUCAUAUCAGCGGACCCCACUCUGGGACUAAUACCUCAUUCGUCAACUGUCUCCCUGACCACCACUUCCGCCAUAACCUCAGCGCCUCCUGAGGUUUUAAUGAAGGACACGUCGACGCGAGGUUCAUACGUGCCUCCGCGAGGGACCCAAUCCGAACCAUCGGCCACCGUUAAAUCCGCUGCUGAACUUCCCACCAUCUCAAAGCAGACCACCUUCCCUUUGACAACGCAAGAAGUGAACGACAUCUUCAUCCCAACUAUCUCUUCCACCAGCACCACCACUACAGCCAAGACCUCCAGUCAUGUGACGCGCUGUAGUGACAGCCAGAAGAACUACUGUGUCAACGGAGGGGAGUGCUUUACCCUUGAAAUCAUGCCUGGCAGCACUAAGUUUUUGUGCAGGUGCUUGACCGGAUUCACUGGGCACCGAUGUGAACAAGCUGUGCUUAAGAAAGUCUCAAACCCAAAACAAGCUGAGGAGCUGUAUCAGAAACGUAUUUUAACAAUAACAGGAAUCUGCAUUGCCCUCCUAGUGGUUGGAAUCAUGUGUGUGGUUGCCUACUGCAAAACAAAGAAGCAGAGGAAAAAGCUCCAUGACCGUCUCAGGCAGAACCUGAGAACGAAGAGGAACAAGAUGGCAAAAUCAGCCAGUCGACGGCAGGUUUCCAAUUUGCCUCUACAGGAUUUGCAGCAGGCCAAUCAGUGUAAUGGGACAGCGAUCCAACACGCCGCUGAGAAAGAGACAGAGACAACAUUCUCCACAAGCAAAUAUGCCUUAUCCACACAACAACCUACCACACUCAGCAACAUCUCCAGCCAAAGGCGUCAAUCAGAUGAGAAAAUCCUGCCUCAUCUGUCUACAGUUUCCUGCAGCCCUCCUGCAACUCCAAGCUCUCCUCCCUCAGAGAUGUCAGCCACUCUUUCCAGCCAAGCCAUCUCCGUCCCCUCUGUGGCUUUAAGCCCCUCUGCUGAGGAGAAGCGCCCCCUGCUGCUGUCAAAGGCACAUCAACCACCCAAGUCCUUAAGCCGAGAUGAACUAAAGAGGACCUCCGCACAUUACAACCAUGGCCAGGAAGCACGUAGCUUGCCACCUAGCCCGCUCUGUGCUAUGAAGAAUGAUAAGUACCAAGUCACAGUCACUACUGCAGCUAGUCGUAUGAUCUCAGCAUCCACAGAGAAGCUAGUGAAUGCAAACAACAUUAUCAAUAACCACAGCAUCAAAGAAGCAGCGGUUAUUAACGGUCAUGUGCCACAUAAUAAAGAGUUCAGUAUUGACAGCAUGUUGGCCAAUCAACCAGAGGAUACGAAGGGGGAUCACACACCAUUCAUUUCGAUAGAAAACGCUAAAGCCCUGCUGUUAAGGGCCAAGGAUAGCAGUAGGACUACUGCAACAUCACGAAAUGGUGACCUGCAACUCAUGUCAUCCAGCGCCGUCACCAAGAACUGUUUAAAGUAGUUGCUUGUUUAGAAAAAUUACAAUCACUACUUAACCUUUAUUUUGUACUAAAUUAUUUGCGGCAAAAAAAAAAAAACACUUUGAAUGAUAAAUGAAAAGCAAAACUUUUAUUUUAAUGAUGUAGUGAAGAUAGAGUUUUAUAAAUUAAAAAAAAUGUACAAAAUUGUUGAUGUCUUGUAGAUGAAGUGCCAUACACAGGUAUGUAGCAGUGUGUAAAAAUAGCAAUGUAUAUCGUAGCGUGUAAAAAUAUCAAUGGUGCCUUUCUGUUAGGUAUGCUUAACGGAACUGCAAAUGCAAACAGGGCCAUUUAUUCAACCAUCCUAAUUUUCUAAAUCAAGAAUCAUGCUAGCUGCCUUCUGUGUCUCAUAGUUUGAAGUAAAGAAACUCAAAUAUAUUAGUUUGGUAACAGAGUUCAGAAUGCAUGCUUCAUCCGGUCCUAGAACUACAAGGUGAUUUUGUGUCAUAAAGCCACUGGAGCGCUGCCCAGUCAAUCAUCAAUGUCAUUGUCCAGUGUGUUUGAAAUGCAACAUAAAAAUGCACCACAGGCUGGACUGAUUUGGAUGAUUUCAUAUUUGUUGUAACAUGACAUUUGUUAUCAGAAUAUGUAGAGAUCACACAUGCAAGCAAAAUACAGAUGUAAUCGGUGAGUUCUGGCUGCUAAGAAAUCCUCUCAAUGGUCCCGCCUUUGUCAAGUUUCCUUCAACCUGAUUGUCAAUUCAUCACUGAAUCAACAAUGCACGAAUGUCAAAUUUUGAAGGACAUAAGAUUUCUCUUUGAAAACAUCCAAUACGGUGGUCCAGUUUUGCUGAUUACAUCUUUGAAGGCAAAAACCUACAGUUUGAAACUUGAAUGAAUAUAAGGCUCUCGAUUUCCUUUGUAAAGACGUCAAUGUGACUUGAGCAAUGCUUUUGAGAAUUAAAAAAAAAAUUGCACCAUA